AUGGGAUCUUUGGAUACCAAAUCAGACCCGAUAAUCUUGGAACCAAAGCAUGAAACACGAAGCAAUAAGAGUGAACCAGUGGUAGAUUCUUCCACUACUUCUGAUAAAAACGAUCUAUUAGAAUUGAUAAGUGCAAGUGACAGUGAAGAUGAUGACAAAAAAAUAUUCCCACAUGCCUCACCUUCUUCCACCAUCUCAUCAACCGAUUCCACAUUAAAAGAUUCCUGUCAAGAUUCUGAUAGCAAAAAUGGUGGAAAAGUCAAUGAAGGUAUCGAUUACACUUCUGAAACUCCUCCUAUCCAAGUCAUGGAAAGGCCAACAACCCCAAAAUACCGAAUACCAUCUUCUGUUUUUGCUAGAAAGCAAUCUACAAGUCAAGAUUGGGCUAUGGCUUCAAAUGAGUCGUUAUUCAGCAUUCAGAUGAGUUUCAACUACCAAGAUAGCAUCAACUGGAAAUCAGGAGACCUAGAAAGAUAUAUCCAGGAGGUCGAAACCAUUCCUGAAUCGAAUGAAACGGGUAAAACCCACGGGUUAGAAACAGGAAAAGACCACGAGGGUAAAAGUCCUGAAUUGAGUGGAGAGGAUAAGAAUCAGAGUUUGGGUGAUGUAAGUAAGAAUAAGAAUCACGGAUCAAGUAUUCCAGAUGAACCCGUGAAUCCAAAUUCACAAGAAAAUCAAGGAAGGAAAUCUGUUGUUGAUGAUCGUAUUUCUCAUCUUUCUGCAGAAAGUGAAAGUGCAAAAUCUUUUACAUUUCCAGUUUUGACAGGAGACACAGAUAAAGAUGGAGCUAGGAUGACUACUGGUUCAUUGGAAGCAAUCUCAGAAACAGAAAGGGAACACCCUGAACCAGAGAAACAGCCCCAGCCCAAGGCAGCAACAACUUGGACAAACUGCUUUGGGUGUUGUACAUUUUGUUCUUGAGUUUGAGUUUUGACAACAAUUGUUGAAUUCAUUGUACAAAUAUGCCCUUAUAUAGUUGUACUGUCUGUCCCCCUUCUGUUGUGAUUUCUAGGCUUGCCAUUCCUGUUACAACGUACAAGAGGGGCAAAAGAAGGAAGAAAGAUGAGAAAUAUUGUGAUUGAAACAGAAGGAAGUGAUGUUCUUGAUCGUAGCAUCAUCCUGAUAAAGUAGGUUUUCGUUCUAG